UGGUAAACCCCUGUUAGAGGGUUUUCACCAUGAGUCGAUCGGGCCAACCCCCGGAUCUGAAGAAGUACAUGGACAAAAAACUCCAGAUCAAGUUGAAUGCCAACCGCAUGGUGGUUGGAACACUUCGGGGUUUUGAUCAGUUCAUGAACCUGGUGGUUGAUGACACAGUGGAAGUGAAUGGCAAUGAUAAGAUUAAGAUAGGGAUGGUUGUUGUCAGAGGAAAUAGUGUAGUCACUGUUGAAGCACUCGAACCAGUUGCCAGAGCACAGUGAUUGUAUAUUUCUCAGGCAGUGGUUUUAUUUUAUCAUGCAAUCCGAUGUUAUUGUGGAGGUUAAGUGAUACUAGCAUGUAACUUUUUAAUACUUUACUAAGCAAAUGGAAUGGCCUGUGGCAUAUUAUGUAGUUUUUGGUGUAAAAUUCUUGGGUUACUUGGUUUGUUGUGUUGUGAGUUAUGACUCCUGAUAUGAUUAGCUGUGACGACGUCUAUCUUGGAAAGCAUUUCUUCCGUCUAAAACUA